CUAAGCUCGGGUUCUUGAGGUGGCUUUAGUGCUGAUGCUGCUCUGGGGGUGCUCAUAAAGCCUCAAGUAGUGGUCUUCUCUCUUAACCGUGGAUCUAUGCAAAUAAAGAAGUGGAAUUAGUGGAAUCAGUGAAUGCCGGUGUGUCAGGCACUGUGGUGGGCUGGUCGGAAGUCUCUGACCCCCUUAUUUUCAUUUCUUGGAAGAAAGGAGAAGAGCUAAAGAGACACCAGAGAAAAGGGAAGGUGACAGCGAGGGACCAGUGAGCCAUUUCUCUCUUUAUUACCUUCAUUCAGAAAACCAUUGCAUCCUAUUAUCAAAGCGAUGUAGAGGCAUUCUCUCCGAUUGGAGGAGGAAAGGUCCCAUUCACUGCUAAGGCUUAGCGCCCUUCUUCAAACGCUAGUCCUUUUCAUUCCAUUUCCUCCUUUCAUUGCCUAUAUCCUUAUGUCUGCUGUUUUUUCCGUUUUCUCUUUUCUUGUCCCUUCCUUUUGACUCGACUCAGGAUUUAGGAGGCAUUGCAUUUUUAGCAGAAGUGGGUGUUUCUGUCGUUGUUGGUGCCUCUGCAAAGGACAGCUGAGCAGGGAGAGUGAGAGACAGCUUUGGAGAUAAUAAAACGGCAGACUGAACGAAAAGCGGGAUCUGGCACUACAGGAACAGCGACAAACCAAUGGCAUGCAAGACGUGAUGAAAAGAAAACUGUUUCAGAGUCUGACAACCAUUUUAAGGUAGCCAUUUACUGAGAAUAUUGCUGCUUCUUGGAGAAAAAGAGAGACAGUGUGCCAAACAUCACUGCUGGUUACAUUCUGCUUUUCCUGUUGCUAAGCAAAGUCUCUAACCGAAGUUCGUUGAGAGUACUGAGCAUCACUUUAGAGCCAUGAAAGGAAGCUCAGAGGAAAGCAUUGAAAGUGUCAGGCCCUCCAACCUGCAAGCAUUUGCCAACAUAUCCACCCUACAUGGCAUGAGUCACAUAUUUGCCUACGGACACAUGACAUUUCGUCGAUUUCUUUGGACUAUUUCUUUUUUAGGCUCACUGAGCUUAUUGUUGUUGGUCUGCAUGGAUCGGGUGUCAUAUUAUUUAGAGUAUCCUCAUGUCACCAAGUUGGACGAAGUGGCGGCAACAAACCUCACCUUUCCUGCAGUUACCUUCUGCAACCUCAAUGAGUUCCGCUUCUCCAAAAUCACAAAAAAUGACCUUUAUCACGUUGGAGAGCUCCUGGCCCUCCUUAACAAUAACCACCAGAUAGCCAACCCGCACUUGGCUGAGGCUGAGGUUCUGGCUGUCCUAAAGGAAAAGGCAAACUUCCAGAACUUCAAGCCCAAACUCUUCAACAUGACAGAUUUCUAUAACCGAACAGGACAUGACAUCGGUGACAUGCUUCUGCAGUGCACCUUUCGAGGAGAAGAAUGCUUCGCCGUAAAUUUCACCACAAUUUACACCCGCUACGGGAAAUGCUACACCUUCAACUCGGGGUUAGAUGGCAACCCUUUGCUGACCACAUUGAAAGGAGGCACAGGGAAUGGCUUGGAAAUCAUGCUGGACAUCCAGCAGGAUGAAUACCUGCCUGUUUGGGGAGAGACAGAUGAGACAUCGUACGAAGCAGGCAUCAAGGUUCAGAUCCACAGCCAAGACGAGCCGCCUUUCAUUGACCAGCUGGGAUUCGGUGUAGCCCCUGGUUUUCAAACUUUUGUGUCAUGUCAACAGCAACUGCUUCAGUACCUCCCACAACCUUGGGGAGAUUGCAAGUCCACACCAAUAGACUCAGAAUUCUUCUCUACGUACAGCAUCACUGCGUGCCGCAUUGACUGUGAAACCCGAUACCUGCUGGACAACUGCAACUGCAGGAUGGUUCACAUGCCCGGUACUUCAACAGUUUGCACACCUGAGCAGUAUAAAGAAUGUGCUGACCCAGCUUUAGACUUUUUGGUAGAGAAAGACAACGAUUACUGUGUCUGUCAGACCCCCUGCAACAUGACUCGCUAUGGCAAGGAGCUGUCCAUGGUAAAGAUCCCCAGUAAGGCAUCUGCUAAAUAUCUGGCUAAGAAAUUCAACAAAACUGAGCAAUAUAUUGGAGAAAAUAUAUUGGUGUUGGACAUCUUCUUCGAAGCUCUAAACUAUGAGAAAAUUGAACAGAAGAAGGCCUAUGAAAUUGCAGGGCUUCUUGGUGACAUUGGAGGUCAGAUGGGGCUAUUUAUUGGAGCCAGUGUUCUGACAAUACUGGAAAUAUUCGACUACCUAUAUGAGGUGUUUAAGGAUAAGGUUCUGGGAUACUUCCUGCGUAAGAAACGACCGCAGCGUUGUCAGAGCGACAAUCUGGAGUUUCCAGAGAACCCAACCAGCCCUGGUGUCACGCCUAAUCAUGCCCCCAGAGCACAUGUGACACCCUCCGGAGUCACUCGGACAGCCUCGGAUUCACGCCGAACAUGUUACCUCGUCACCCGACUUUAGGGAACUUUGAGGAAUUUGCUUGUUGAUGACGCAACACGGGGCUGGGGCACAUCUCGAGACUGGACGGCAAACUGUGAAAUAAUUUGUGUAUUUAACAGAUAAGCAUUAAGUGUAUGUUUAAAAGCAGUAUGAUAUAAAUAGAAUAUCAUUGUCACACACACAAAAAAAAAAACGACCAUUUCCAAAACAGAACUCAGGUUUAACAGCCAUGUGAAGGGCAUCAAUGUUUCUUCUAUCCAUGUUUCAUUUUGUAGCUUUGGUUUUGUUGACCUGUCACUUUAGAUCAAACAAUCCGCACAGACAAAUCUGUUUAAAAAUGGUUCCAGUUUUGAGUUUUGUGAUAGCACUGUGUACAUUUUGCUGUGCAUUUAUCAAUCCAGAAAAACAGCAAAAAUAUGGACUGACGUGUAGUAUUGUUAAUUUUUACAGUACUAUAUCUCCCAGCAUUCAACUAAUGCUGUAUUGAAUAACCAUAGUAUUUUAAGAGCUAGUUGUUGGUUGAAAGAGCUUUUCAGACCUGAAUGAAAACACUCGUGUCUAAUGUUGCCUUUUGCUAAAGUGAGACUGUGAAAUGUCUCAUUAAUUAGACAACUGUGCUUACUUGACUUAAAAAAGAGCAGGAACUUCAUUAUUUGUACAUAUGCAAAAGCAUUAUUUAUGUAUUAUUCUACAGUUGCCAUGUGACAACUCGGGCUGAAAUAGGAUUGUUUUCUUGACCUAAGUCAUUUUUUACAGGUUAGUCACAAAAAAGGCAGUUGAUUGUAUCUUUAGAUUAAAUUACACUUGUUUGUUUUUGUUGUUUUUUUUUUUCCAUUUUUGGUUUUCCUUGAAUGUCCCCUGUCAUUUUAAUGGAUCCUAACCUAGUAUCAGUACAAAUAAUGUGUAUGGCAUGCUGUUUUAUAAUUUCAUAGACAAAUUCUUAAAACCACAUAUCUGUAAUUUAAUUCCUCGUAGUCAACAAGAACAUUUCAGCAAUGCAAAAUGCGAUUCGUUUUAGCCAAUGUCAACAUGUCAGAUAACUAAAUGAUCAUUUUUUUCUGAGAAAUGAAACCACUUUUCCCAUUCUCUAAAGUUAAUUCAUCCUUUGCAGAUCUUCUUUCUGAAACAGAAGUCGCACAACCUGUCAAGAUAUGUUUCAGAACCUGAAUUCUUAAUUGUGAGUUAUAAAACUGUUCUUACACUGAUUCUUAUCUAAAAAUCUGAAUCACAUGGGUCUAAACCUGACAAACUGAUCAGCAGUUUGUGAAACAUCUAGUCCUGUCACAACUAUUAGGUAUGUGUGUCACUUAUUUUCAUAUAGUGGUGGGUAUUGGGAUCAAGGCUUUAAAACGUACAUUAUUUUAUCCAGUGACAUCACUCUCACAAUUUUUUUAUAUUUUAAGAUUGCAUGAACAUCUUCGACUGAAGUUUUAAUGCCCUCCACACAGUUUUUGAGUGCCCCCAAAGGGUCAAAUAAUAUUUCGGUUAAUUGAUAAAACAAAAUUAGGUCACACUAACCUGUCGUAAUACUCUCUCAAAGGAUUCAGCAUGCAAAUGUGACUGAAUCUUCAUCAGUGCGGACAGAGUAUUUGGAAAGCAUAGCAGGAGACUAAAUAAUGUUAAUUUUGCAUCAUUGCUGUGACAUCUGUGUAGCAUUUAUACAGAUUUUGUAGCAGUACUGGGUAUGUGCUGCAUAUUUUGAUUCUCUAAAUUGUGACGGUCAUGCCACAGGAAUUUGUGACAUCAGACAGGUGUCACAAAUUCCUUUACUAGACAGGUAAAAAGAAGAUUCUCCAGCUUUAUUUACUUUAAGCCACAUAUCUUCAUGCAGCGCUGAAACAAAAUGCCGAUAUACAAUAUUGAAGAAAGGGUAUCAGAAAGCCUCAUAAAUCUGAAAUGUUCUUUUUGACUAGGAAGAAUUGGACUAUGAACAUCUGUAGUAGAUAUCCAGUCUAGCCACUUAAUGUACAAAUAUAUAGAAAUGUUAAAAGGAUAUUAAAAUAGUUAGUUUUUUUGAAGGCCUUGAAAAAAAAAGAUUUACAUUGUUCUUUUAAAGACAUUUAGUAAGAAUUCUGACAAUUAAGAAUGCCUCUUGGAACUGGACAAAUAGUUUGAAAGCCUAAAAAUUAUUUGGAGGAUAUAAGAUAUUAUAUGUUUCCAUGGCCUGCCAUAAACUCUAGCGUGGGUUUCUUAUUUUUACUUUUAAUGAGACACAUGUUCUUGAUCACAGAUAAAUAUAAAUGAGUCAGCAAACACAAAAAUCUACUGUUAUUGUAUAAUAUUUAUUCAUGGUAUAGAAGUGCAGCACAAAGGUAAGAUGGAAGUAAAAGUUGCCACAAGCGCACAGAAAGGCGUUAACACAUUGAUUAGGAAUUUCUCCUUUCAAGUUUUAUCACUAAUUUACAAUGUCUUGCAAACGUUUUUACGUCCCUUGUGCUUUCACAUUUUAUCACUUUUAAACCACAAACAUGAAUGUAUUUUAUUAGGAUUUUAUGUGAUAGACCAACAAAGUUGUGCAUAUUAUGAAGUGGAAAGAAACAGCAAAAUAUUUUUACAAAUUUGGGCUUGAAGAGUUUCAAAGAGGAUUACAGGAGAGGAUUUAGGAGGAAAUGCAGAGACCCAAGUGGGUGAAUUCGUUGCAAUGAAAAAUAUUUUUUAUACAGUCAACAAAUAUGACUUCUAUCAGAAAUGGCUAUAAGCUGUAAGAAGUCCAGUUUGCCACAAGUCAUAUGGGGAACAAAGUAAACAUAUGAAAGAAGAUCCUUAUCAAGUCAGAUGACAGCAAGACUGCACUUUUUGGCAUGCAAAACAUGAUGUAUAGUGGAAAAACUAAAACUGAUGAUUACUCUGAACACUCUAUCUCCAUGAUGAAGCAUGGUAGUGGCAGCAUCAUUCUGGGCGAAUAUUCUCAGUGGUAACCAGGAUGCUGGUUAGAGUUGAGGGGAUUGAAAGAUCCAUUAAGAAGACCUAAAAAUGUAUUUUACUCACUCUCUAUUUAAUCUAACUGAGGUUGAGCUAUUCCACAACAAAAUGAUAGGUGGACAUUUUUAAUGUCAAGAUGGAUGUAGCUGGUGGAGGGAUACCCCUCAAAACUUGCAAGUGUAAUUGCAGUGAAAGGUGGCUUUACAAAUCAUUGACUCGAGGUGGCUAGAUACAACUGUACCCCACACUCUUCAGAUUUUUGUUUGUAUUUCCACCUCAUAAUAAUGCACUACUUUGGUCUGUCAAAAUCAUACCAAAAUACACUUAAGUUUGAGAUUGUACUGUGACGACACAUGAAAAAAGUUUAAAGGUGUAAGGCACUGCAUAUAGUUUGGCUGUUGCCAUAGACAUAUUUGUUGUCUGAAAACCUAUUAAAACCAGCGCAGUAAUGAACAUAAAAUCAUAAAAACGGCGCCAGGGAUGAGAAAAGUGACAUCUUUUACUGUGAAAUUAUCCCAGACUAGUGAAAGUGUCCCACAAACCUUUAUCCCGAAUUUGAAAACAAAGGUUUUACACAUAUUUUCCAAUGUAGAGUCUCAAUGGACGAUAAAGAACCACUAUGUUCUAUGAGCCAGAGAUGGGUCCAUCCUCGCCAUAUCAACUGAAGUGAUAAAAUUAGUUCGAUAAGAAGAUGUACUUUACAUUGAUCACAUUCAUCUCUUUGAAAAAAGAUUGGUAUUUUUCAUAAAAUUAACAUUGAUUUGACUUGAACAGAAACUCUAUGACUUGUUGCUGCCCUUCUUAUUUAGCCAGUUCUUCCAUCACAGUGUCUUAAAGGUACCCAGCAGCACAAUCCCCUGCCAUGGUAAUCUAUUCACUAAGAGUUUAGAACAACUGGUAACAUUCCUAAACUUGAUAGAAACUUGUAAAUAAUCACAGAUUAUCAUGUAAAGCAUAUUUAUACACUGAUAAAUGGAUAUAUAGAGAACAUAUUUCUUCAUUUGUUCAUUAAUAGAAGGAAUUUGGACUUCCAAGUUUCUUUUUGGGGAUUACACCCUGACUUACAAAAUAAUUUGCCUCAAAACAUCAGAACCAUGCUCCACAGCACUAUUCAGUUUGGUUGAUUUAUAAAGAGCUGAAUUGUACAAUUUGAUCACUGUUUACACACAUUGUUAUUAUCCCAGAAUAUGUAAGAAGUUACAAAUAACAGUUUGUGAUGUAUAACUGAUCCAGUAUAAUAAACUAUAUUUAUCCAUCGAUACUUAAGAACAUAACUUCUCAUCUUGGUGUCAUGCUUCUUCCUCUGUUUGACUGUUAUUUAAGUCCUUGUCUCUAAAAUAUUGGAUCUGUAGGUACUAUUUACAAAAGAAAGUCUGAAACCAUCUUUUUCUUUUUUUAUGUGAAAGUUUUUAGGUGAACCACAGUUUAAUUGUAUGGUGUUCAAACCACUGUAGCUUUAUUACUCUGUAGUUUGUAUUAGAUGACUGUUGAUGUGAAGCACAAACCCCUGGAAAUUAGCCAUCGCUCGAAAGCCAAUGAUGGGAUGUCUAUGAUUUUGACAGCCUUGUGUGGCUCUAAUUUAAAAUGACACACACUGUUAAAUAUGAUGUGCCCUCGGCUCUGACAACAGGAACAAGAGCAGAGCCACUUUUAAGACAGACCUUUGACAGAUUUUACAUUUUCAGGACAAAAAAAUAAUAUAAGUGGUGUUGCCUCACAAGCAAUAAAGGAGGAGGUGUUAUGAGAAUGGUGUAAAAAGGGAUUUUAGAUUUGACCUAUAUACAUAUAAUCGGUAAAUGUCAUUGAAUUAGAAUAUCGCUGGUAAAUUUUAUUUCAGUAAUACCAUGCAAAAAGUGAAACUUAUGUACACCUACAAGUAAUCAAUUUCCUGUUAAUUUUUCAUGAUUAUAAUCUACAGUUAGUUAAAAAUUGCACAUUUAGUUUCUCAGAAAAAUAUUGUGUUACAUAAGUCCAAUAAAAAACACAUAAUACAGAAAUAUAUUUUGUCAUUGCCUACACAAUCAUGGGAAAGCUUAAAAGAUCUACAGCAGACAGUCAUUGACACCCUCCACAAUUAGGGUUAGUCACAAAAGCUCAUUAUUAAAAAGGUUGGUUGUUCACAGAGUGCUGCAUCUAAGCAUUUUAUUGGAAAGUUGAGUGGAGGGAAAACAUUUGUGAGAAAACGGUGCACAAGCAACAGGGAUAACUGCAGGCUUGAGAUCAUAAGCCAAAGUGUUAGGCCACUGCUAAACCAGAGACAGUAACGCAUCUUGCCUAGGCUAAAUAGAAAAAGGACUUGACUAGUGCUCAGUGAUCCAAGGUCCUCUUUUCAGUUGGAAGAAAAGUUUGCACUUAAUUUGGAAAUCAAUGUCCCAUAGAAUAAAAGAAAAGUGGAGCGGCACAGAAUCCAAAUUGCUUGAGGGCCAACGUGAAGUUCCCAUAGUCAGUGAUGAUUUGGGGAGCCAUGUCAUUUACUAGUGUUGGUCCACUGCAUUUUAUCAAGCCCAAAUAUCAGGACAUUUUAGAGCAUUCCAUGGCUCCCUCUGCUGAUAAAUCUUAAUAGGGAUGUUGAUUUUAUCUUACAACGGUAAGACAUUUAAGAGGAGUCCCCACCAAGUAUUGAGUGCAGUACAUGGACAUACCUUUCAGUGGGCUAACAUUUUUGUAUUAAACAUCCAUUUUAUUGGUCUUAUAUGAUAUCCUAAUUUAAUGAGAAACUGAAUUUUGUAUUUUCAUUAGCUGAAAAUCAUAAUCAUCAAAGUUACCAGAAGUAAAUGUUUGUAUAUUAAACCGUGUCAAUUAACUCUUUGUAAUAGGUGAGUUUUACUGUUUGAAUUGAAUUACUGAAAUACUUUAAUUACAUUCUAAAGUAUUGAGAUCCCUUUGUAUUAAACAGUUGGAAAUGGUGUAAACAGUAAAGCUACCAGCUGCAACACAAAUGUAUGAAGGUGGCCAUUGUAUAAAUACCAUCACCAUCGAAAUUAGACACACAGAGGUGCCAACUGUUGUUACACUAUGAUGCUGCUCUGAUGAUGCUGCAUUGCCGUGAUGACUUUGGGUGGAAGUUAUUAGGUAAAAAAAAAAAAAAAGACCAGAUUACUGCACACUGUGGAGAUUUUAGAUGAGGGCUUUGUUAGAAUGUCCGAGGUUUUUACCUCUAUCCCGAAGCCCUGCCUUAUUACGUGUGCAAGAACAGCAGAGUGUACCUGAGCUAGCAACUUCAUGAAAUUGAUAUUUACUGCAUAGCUUUGGUCAAAAUACAAGUAUUCUACACUUUCAACUAUUUUAUGCUAAUAUUUUGCACCAAAUCACAGUUUUUCCUUGCAUGAUCAUUAUCUAUACCUAAUAUAUCAGAUCUAUCAAUGUAAUGAUAGCUAUGCUGUUCACUUUGUAUUGUUUGAGGUGUAUUUCUGGAGUCAGAUGAAUCAAAAAUGGUUUUCUCCACAUCUUUAUGAAAUCUGUUUGACAGUAAUACACAGGAAAGAUCCUCUAAGAUAUUUUAGCAAAACUUAUUUAAAUAUAGCGCAGCUUAAAGUAAAGCUAAAAUGUGCCUUUAAGACUGAUUCUUACAGGUAUUAUUGUUUUACCCAUCAAGACAUACAUACACAAAUACCUGGAGACUUUUAGUUGUUUCAUCUGGCUCUACGUGCGCUAUGUGUAUUUUACUGUAGAUAUGUGAUUUUAACUCUGAACUGUACAUUAAAUAGUUAUUACACACUUA